AUGGUGUCUCAACACUCAGUCCCAGGAGAAGGAGCAGAUGAUGGUGAUAGCGGAAACGAGAGCAAGAGCGGAAGCGAAGAAACCAACAUUUGUGAGAAAUGCUGUGCUGAGUUUUUCAAGUGGACAGACUUCCUGGAGCACAAGAAGAACUGCACUAAAAACCCCCUGGUGCUGAUCGUGAAUGAAGAUGAAGCAGCUCCACCCCCUGCUGAGGAGUUCCCUGAGCCCUCACCCGCUAGCUCUCCUAGUGACCAGGCAGAGAGUGAAGCUGCUGAAGAAGGCGUCCAGGCAGAAAACAAUGAUAGCUCUGAGAUAAAAACCACGGAAAAGGAAGAAGAGCCAAUGGAGGUAGAAACUUCUGCUGAGAAAAGUUUCCAGAAUCAAGGCACCUCAAACACAGCUACUCCUCUACCUCAGAUCCCUGAACUAUCUUCCAUGACAAGCUAUAACAUGCCAAACACCAAUGUCACGCUAGAGACUCUGCUGAGCACUAAAGUGGCGGUCGCGCAGUUCUCGCAGAGCGCACGGACCACCGCAUCCGCGAGCAUCAGCAGCGGGGUGACGGCCGUGGCCAUCCCCAUGAUCCUGGAGCAGCUUAUGGCCCUGCAGCAACAGCAGAUUCACCAGCUCCAGUUAAUUGAGCAGAUCCGCAGUCAAGUGGCGAUGAUGAACCGCCAGCCGCUACGGCCAUCCCUCAAUCCAGUCGUGGCUGCCCAGGGUGGUCCCGGGCAAGCAUCGAACCAGCUGCAGGGAUUUGCCACCGGCGCAGCAGUCCAGCUCACCGCAGUCAUUCCUUCUGCCAUCGUGGGGCAGGCCGCCAGCGGUCAGCCUGCUGCCUUCGACGGCUCCCAGCACAUCUCAAGACCUACAUCUGGAGCAAGUACACCUAAUAUAUCCAGCAGUGGCUCUUCUGCCCCACCCGAAUCAAGUGUACCUUCCUCCUCAAAUGCAGUUACGUCCAUAACUCCUGUUUCUGUGUCAAAUGCUCAUAACAGUGCUUCGCAGCCCCAGAAUGCUUCGACUCCACCUUCAAUUGGACAUGGAAGCCUCACCUCAGUGUCCAGCCUGCCAAACCCACUUCUACCUCAGACUUCAUCAAAUAGCGUGAUCUUCCCCAACCCACUGGUUAGCAUCGCUGCAACAGCUAACGCGCUAGAUCCUUUGUCCGCCCUUAUGAAGCACCGCAAAGGAAAGCCACCAAAUGUGUCAGUGUUUGAACCCAAGUCAAGCUCCGAGGAUCCCUUUUUUAAACACAAAUGCCGAUUUUGUGCCAAGGUCUUUGGAAGUGACAGUGCUUUACAAAUUCACCUCCGCUCGCAUACAGGCGAAAGACCUUUUAAAUGUAACAUAUGCGGAAACCGCUUUUCCACAAAGGGCAACCUGAAAGUUCACUUUCAGAGGCAUAAAGAGAAAUACCCUCAUAUUCAGAUGAACCCUUAUCCUGUUCCAGAAUACCUCGAUAAUGUGCCCACCUGCUCUGGAAUCCCAUACGGGAUGUCGCUGCCCCCGGAAAAGCCAGUCACAACAUGGUUAGACAGCAAGCCUGUUUUACCAACUGUCCCAACUUCCAUCGGGCUCCAGCUGCCCCCCACUAUACCUGGUGUGAACAGUUACGGAGAUUCUCCAAGUAUCACUCCUAUGAGCAGGUCACCCCAGAGGCCUUCUCCUGCCUCCAGCGAAUGCACUUCUCUAUCCCCGAGCCUCAACGCUUCUGAGUUGGGCGUUCCAGCGUCUGCUGAAUCCCCGCAGCCCAUUCAGAGUGGCUCAUCUCUGACCAAGGCAGAACCUGUCACUCUGCCUCCCACAAGCACUCGACUCGGGGACCUUUCUGCAGGUGGGCGAGUUUCCACAGCUUCCACGUCUUCAAUUCCAACUGCUGUUACAGACAGCAGUGUUGCGACAAGCCUCCCAAACCCUGUGCUUCCAGCAGUGUCUGAUCAGUUUAAGGCAAAGUUUCCAUUUGGUGGUCUGCUAGACUCUAUGCAAACAUCAGAAACCUCAAAACUACAACAGCUAGUGGAGAACAUUGAUAAGAAGAUGACAGAUCCAAAUCAAUGCGUCAUUUGUCACCGUGUGCUUAGUUGUCAGAGUGCUCUCAAGAUGCAUUACAGAACACAUACAGGAGAGAGACCAUUUAAAUGCAAAAUUUGUGGACGUGCCUUUACUACGAAAGGCAAUCUAAAAACACAUUUUGGAGUUCAUCGAGCGAAGCCACCACUUAGAGUACAGCACUCAUGUCCCAUUUGUCAGAAGAAAUUUACAAAUGCAGUUGUUCUUCAGCAGCACAUUCGUAUGCAUAUGGGCGGGCAAAUUCCAAACACGCCAUUACCAGAGGGCUUCCAGGAUGCCAUGGACUCAGAGCUUUCCUAUGAUGAGAAGAACAUUGACACACUGAGCAACUUUGAUGAUGACAUUGAUGAAAAUUCUAUGGAAGAGGACCCAGAGCUAAAGGAGACUGCAAGUGACUCAUCCAAACCCCUUAUCUCUUACUCUGGGUCAUGUCCUUCUUCACCACCGUCUGUGAUCUCCAGUAUUGCUGCUUUGGAGAAUCAAAUGAAAAUGAUUGAUUCUGUUAUGAACUGCCAGCAGCUGACCAGUUUAAAAUCCAUAGAAAAUGGAUCAGGAGAAAGUGACCAUUUGAGCAAUGACUCCUCAUCAGCUGUUGGUGAUCUUGAAAGCCAGAGUGCAGGCAGCCCUGCAAUGUCAGAGUCUUCUUCCUCCAUGCAAGCUUUGUCUCCUGUAAAUAGCAAUAGUGAAAGUUUCAGAUCAAAGUCCCCAGGUCUCAGUAACCAGGAAGAGCCACAAGAAAUACAAUUAAAGACAGAAAAACCAGACAGUCCGCCACCCGCAACUGAAAAUGGAGGCGCAUUAGAUCUGACAUCCACCAACCCUGGAAGACCGGUCAUCAAAGAGGAGGCUCCUUUUAGCCUGCUGUUCCUGAACAGAGAACGUGGUAAGUUUAAAAGUACUGUUUGUAAUAUCUGUGGCAAGCCUUUUGCUUGUAAGAGUGCAUUGGAAAUUCACUACCGCAGCCAUACUAAAGAACGUCCAUUUGUUUGUACAGUCUGCAGUCGUGGGUGUUCCACUAUGGGUAAUUUAAAACAGCACUUACUGACGCACAAAUUAAAAGAGCUGCCUUCUCAGUUAUUUGAACCCAACUUUACUCUAGGUCCCAGCCAAAGUACUCCUAGCCUGGUCACCAGUACAGCACCUACCAUGAUCAAAAUGGAAGUGAAUGGUCACAGCAAGCCGAUCUCUUUGGGUGAGGUUCCCUCGCUUCCAGCUGGAAUCCAGGUUCCUGCUGCACCACAGACAGUGAUGAGUCCGGGGAUCACCCCUAUGCUGGCACCCCCCCCUCGCCGGACUCCCAAGCAGCACAACUGUCAGUCGUGCGGGAAGACCUUCUCCUCAGCGAGUGCACUGCAGAUACACGAGCGCACCCAUACUGGUGAAAAACCGUUUGGUUGCACAAUCUGUGGUAGAGCUUUUACCACAAAGGGGAAUCUUAAGGUUCACAUGGGAACUCACAUGUGGAAUAACGCCCCUGCACGCCGUGGCCGCCGCCUCUCCGUGGAAAACCCCAUGGCUCUGCUCGGUGGCGACGCACUCAAGUUCUCUGAGAUGUUCCAGAAGGAUUUGGCAGCUCGGGCCAUGAACGUUGACCCCAAUUUUUGGAACCAAUAUGCUGCAGCUAUCACUAACGGACUUGCUAUGAAGAACAAUGAGAUUUCUGUCAUACAGAACGGAGGCAUUCCCCAGCUCCCAGUAAGUCUAGGCGGAGGCGCCAUCCCGCCUCUAAGUAACCUUACCGGUGGCAUGGACAAAGCUCGCACGGGCAGCAGCCCUCCCAUUGUCGGUCUGGACAAAGCAAGUUCUGAAACGGGAGCCAGUCGUCCAUUCACCAGAUUUAUUGAGGAUAAUAAAGAGAUUGGCAUAAAUUAA